AUGGGAAGAUACCUUGUCCGCCGAGCAAGAAACCAUGCGGUUCACGGGCACUCGGUGGAACAGCACGUCGACGGCACUAUUUACGGGGAACGGUACGAAGAUUCCUUACGGAAAGUGUCAGGCGGCCGAUCAACAGAUUCGGAUAGCGAUGAAAACUCAAAGUGGAUUCAUCGAGACAAGCUCGCGAAGAUCGAGAGCGAGGAGCUACAGGCUGCAGGGAUCAUUCUGCCCCGGCAAAGAGAUCGAGCAAGAUCCAAGAGCCAGAACAGGCCCAGGCGAGAUCAGAGCCAGGACAAGAUUAGCGGAUCGGGCAGGUCGAUUGCAGGCUCCGAGCACACCGUCUCGCGUUCAAGAAAGAACUCGACGGCAACCACGACGGAUGCAAAAAGCAUUGAUCCAGCAAGCAUUCCCAGCUGGGAUCUGAGGCGGCCUGAGGAGAUUUUGGAAGAAGGGGAUGGAUACUGGGCGUCCGGCGGUAGCGGGAAAAGCUCGUCCCGGAUACCGGUCGCGAAAACCAGCCCAAUGCCUCUGCCGAGCGAGCAUCUUGCACGGGAUACGCGAUUGCCGCGGAAGCGGGAUGGCAGCCCGGGUACGGAGGAAAGUAUAACGUACCCCAAGACCCGCUCGAGGAGCAGCAGCACAGGCAAUGCGCUCGGACCUGCGAAAUCGGCAGGCACUGGCUCGGGCGCACAGUCUAACAAACGGCCCGAUUCGUCCCCGAAGAAGCCCGGGACGACCGCAGCCUCGAGAAAGCCCAAGCCUGCCAACGGCGCUGCAGGACGACCGAAGACACGAGGCGGCCCGAGCAAGGACUCGUCGAGCAGCGGCACCGCGCGACCAUCCACUAGGUCUGGCGAGCGCGAGUUUUCGUGCAGCAACCCCAAACCGAUGGAGGGCGAGCCUCCAUGGAUGGUCUCGGCUUACCGACCCGACCCGCGGCUGCCGCCAGACCAACAGCUGCUCCCUACGGUGGCCAAGCGGUUACAGCAGGAGAAGUGGGAACGGGAAGGGAAGUUUGGGAGCAUCUACGACAAAGAGUUUAGGCCGCUCACUGACGAAGGCUUCCUCAAACCCCCCGAGCCUACUGCCCGGGAGAAGGAGGCCGAAAAGGAGGCCGAGGCGGAGAAGAAGGAGGAACAGGGAGAGGGAGACUGGCCGCUGAAAGCGGAGGCCAAGAGCCCGACACUCCCCGCGAGAACAAAUUCGUACUCGACCAUGCCCAAAAUCUCCGACUCGCCAGCCAACCCUCUAUCAAGUCCCAGGACUCCGGCCAACCAAAACCAGUCCACGCAACCCGUUAGGGUGCCGGAGCCGGUCGAGGAGGCACAGGAGAAGAAGGGGGGCUGCGCUUGCUGUAUUGUUAUGUGAGCCGCUCCUGUUGCCGUCCGAACCAGCCACUACCUAGGCCCGACAUGACCCUCCCAUGAGAACACCUUCAGGUGUCCGGGUUCCGAACAGUUCCUGCGCCAACCGGGGAAGAACCCCGUUUCUCGGCAUCAUCAUUUCCUUUUGAAACCUUCCGGACGGGCAAACCGACUUAUGACGAGACGAUCUAUUCUAGUUACAGGCGUCCUUCGGCAGUUUCCUUCCAUUUACUUUUCCAUCACAAUAAAUCACACACAUGGCCUGCGCACGCCUCCCCCCCAGGCCUCGUCUGUUUCCUUUUUCUUCUCUUCGAUUCCCGCCUCGGCACAUCACCAUUCGUACUCGAUCUUUCCGGCUCUCAUCCGAGACUCCGAUGAAACUCGAUACGCUCAUUGCUGAGAGCCGAGGUAUAUUACCAGUACAUACCACCGUGGCCGGGAGUUACGGGGGGGAAAACCUUUUUUAAUGCACAGGGGAGUGCUUCUUUCCAGCCCGCGCUGUUUCUCUCUCGAUUGCUUUUUCCUUCUCUCCCUUUGCUGCCUCGCCCCGUCCAUGCUCGCACUUCGGAUUAGAUGUAUAUGGAAAUGCCCACUCGCACCUCCAUAGCCAUGCAUCGGAGCAAGGCGUCAAACAACCCUCCUUUUUGUUUCCCUUGUUUCCUUCCCUUGUCUUUUAGUUUGGGGUGGGGGGCGACUGGGAUGGCGUUGGCCUAUUGAGAGGGAGGAAGGGGAAGAAGAGCGCCAUACCCAACCAUGUCGACCGGCGUCGUUGUCGUUGUUAUCUUGAUUCGUACAUAAUAGACCGUCGAAGGGAGGUUCGUCUUGAGUGGCUUGCUGAAUUUUGUUGAUAAGCAGGGGUGGCGGACGGGGCGUUUUCAAGUAGGUUCGUUGGGGAGUUCAGUUUUGGAAGAUAGCAAAACUCGGAGGACAAUAGGACAGAAGACAAUGAUAUCUCAAUAUUAGCACCAGGCUGAUCAAGAGAGC